GAUAGUUGAUAGUUGAGUGCACUUUGAGUGAGAAGGACAAAUAUGUAAAAUAAAGAACAGCAAAACAGCAUAAAUGGAAAGAACAGAAAGGAACAAAAAUAGGAAUGGAACAAAAAUUAAAAGAACAGGAAGCAUUCACAGGAAAGUGAAGUCAAGACAACACAAGGCUGAAGUUAUGAUUGCUGGGGAACAACUCAGACUACGAUUGCAUGACGGAAAACUCAUAAAGGAGCACAGAUACCACCUGCGUAACUACCCAAACUGCUUUGUAGCACAUGAGGUCAUUGAUUGGUUGGUAAGCCACAAAGAGGUACCAAAUCGCCAAGUGGCUCUUCAGCUCAUGCAACACUUGAUAGACCAUGACAUCGUUCAUCAUGUGUGUGACAAGAGCCCCAUCUUCAAGGAUGCCAAGAUGUUGUACCGCUUUAGGAAGGAUGAUGGAACAUUUCCCUUCAACAUUGAAGUGAAGGUCUUCAUGCGUGGGCAGAGUCUUUAUGAGCAUCUCAUCGGCGGCAGGGACUCCAUCCUCCAGCUGCGGGAGGAGAAAGGGGUGAUGUAUGAGCGCUCUUUCCCCGGCUGCCAGUUCAUCGACUGGCUGCUGCAGAAUGGAGAGGUGCCCAGCCGUCGGCAGGGGCUGGAACUGUGCAGGGCGCUGCUGGAGCAUGGCAUCAUUCAGCACGUCUCUCUGAAGCAUAACUUCUUCGACAGCGGGCUCCUGUACAAAUUCUGCAUCAACUUCCGCCGCCGCCGCCGACUCUCGGAGCUGCUGAAUGAGAACGAGCAUGACGAGGAGGGUGUGGCUCCAUCAAGGCAGGAGGAAGGGGCCGAAAGCCCCUUCGUUCUACGCAAGAACCCCUCCGCACAUGGAAACACCACCUUCUUGUCAAUUCAGCCCUCUGAACUGAAGGCGGCAUCAGGAGCACGUCGGGGCAGUCUGACAAAUCAACAAGUCACUGGCAGUUACAGUCAUGCCAACUCCCUCACCUCAGGGCCUGUGGUGAGGUGCAACCCCAAAUCAGUGCUGAGGAGAAAUGUCACCUGUGAAGAACUGUUGUCCCCUGGUGCUCCUUUCAUCAGGAGGGUUUUAACGGUGUUGGGAGAUGCUUUGGGUUGGGGUUUUGUGGUUAGGGGAAGAUCCCCGUGUUAUGUGCAAGCUGUGGAUCCCAGCAGUCCUGCAGCAACUGCUGGUGUUAAGGUGCGUCAGUUUGUCUGUCAAGUGAAUGGGCUUAGUGUUCUCCAUCUGGAUUACCGUACACUGAGAAAGCUUGUGAUGACUGGGCCUCGUACUGUGGUGCUAGAAGUGAUGGAGCCAAUUGAUUAACCUAUGGCAAUCAGCCAGAGCAUCUUCCAUGGAGCAUACAUUUAUGACAGCUCUUGUGUUUUUAAGAUUUUGGUUUCACUUUUUGCCAUAGCCAUCAACACACUGUUUAGGCCUAUAGUUGUUAACUAAUCUGGUAAUUGACCACAUGCAGAUAGGUGUAACCUAUGGAUAGACCAGUAGGCCUAAGUCUAGCCAAUAUAGGCUAAAUGUCAACUUAUUAAUGCCCAAACCUAGCCUAUAUCAUAUUUGUUUGGACUUAAAGACAGAGGAAAUCAUUGUUUAAUUACGUUAAUAAACAGCAGGCCUACUCUGAUUGUUUAUGGUGCUUCACAGAGGA